AUGUCGAGCCCCGAUUACUACAAGAUCCUGAAUAUUGCCCAAGAUGCAACUCAACAACAGAUUCGCAGCGCUUAUAAGAGGGAAUCACUGAAAUCCCACCCCGACCGGGUCCCCGCCGACUCCCCUGAGAGACCUGCACGCACACGAAAAUUCCAGGAUAUUAACGACGCCUACUAUACCCUAUCAGACCCCGCGCGCCGUCGGGAAUAUGACGCUACUCGCGCCUACCAGGCAGCAGAAGAGGAAGCAGAGGAGGACGUACCACCAAGCAACGCUGGUGGUUUCUCCUGGUCCAGCUUUGGGUUUGGCGAGAACCGUGAUGACCGGGAUAACAAUCAAUUUGGAUCCGUGUUCGAAGAGAUGCUGCGCGAGGAGGGUCUCGCCGAGGAGAACGAUGGACAAGGCGGCCGACAGACUCGUCCAACCGGCCGAUUCUGGGCUCUGGUCGGUGGUGUAAGCGGUGGUGCCAUGGGUUUCAUUGUCGGUAAUUUCCCUGGCGCACUAGCUGGCGCGGUUGCGGGUAAUCGUCUCGGUGCUGUUCGUGAUGCCAAGGGCAAAAGUGUCUAUGAGGUUUUCUUGGACCUUCCAACGCCAGAUCGGACGCGACUCCUGAGUGAGCUUGCUGCUAAGAUUUUCCAGUCUACUAUGGGUCAUUGA